AUGGAUGAAAUUGAGGUUCCUCCUCAUUUCCUAUGUCCCAUUUCCCUACAACUUAUGAGAGACCCUGUCACCGUUUGCACAGGAAUCACUUACGAUAGAGAAAACAUAGAGAGAUGGUUAUUUUCAUGCAAGAACAAAACAUGCCCUGUUACUAAAUUGUCUCUGUUAGACACUGAUCUUACCCCAAACCACACUCUACGCCGUUUGAUCCAAGCUUGGUGCACCCUUAAUGCAUCUCUUGGAGUUGAACGCAUUCCAACUCCAAAGCCACCCAUUGAUAGAACUCAAAUUGUCAAAAUCCUCGCAGAAGCAAAAAAGUUCCCAGACAAGCAACUCGAAUGCAUUAGAAGGCUUAGAUCUAUUGUUUUUGAGGGUGAAAGGAACAAAAACUGUUUGGAAUCUGCAGGAGCAAUUGACUUCUUGGCUUCAACCAUGAAGAAUAUACAAGAAGAUUCAACUGUUCUAAGUGAAGCAGCUAUUGAAGUCUUGUUUCAUCUAAACCCUUCUGAAGCUCAGCUUAAGAAUCUGAUAAACAAUGAGGGCAUUCAAUUUAUUGAGUCUUUGUUUCAAGUUUUGAGGCUUGGGAACUACCAAUCUAGAGCUUAUGCAACAAUGCUAUUGAAGUCAGCAUUUGAGGUAGCUGAUCCAAUCCAAUUGAUCAAUGUCAAAACCGUAUUGUUUGUGGAAAUAAUGAGGGUGCUACGUGAUCAUAUUUCACAGAAGGCUACAAAGGCUGCAUUGAAGCUUAUUGUGGAGCUUUGUCCAUGGAGAAGAAACAGAAUCAAAGCAGUUGAGGGUGGCACAGUUUCAGUCCUCAUUGAGCUUCUUCUUGAUGCUACAGAAAGAAGAACAUGUGAACUCAUGCUAAUAGCUUUGGAUCAACUUUGUGGUUGUGCAGAAGGGAGAGCAGAGUUGUUGAAUCAUGGGGCAGGAGUGGCCAUUGUGUCUAAGAAAAUUCUAAGGAUUUCUCAUGUGGCAAGUGAUAGAGGUGUUAGAAUUUUGUCCUCUAUUUGUAGGUAUUCUGCAAAUUCUAGAGUCCUUCAUGAAAUGUUGCAAGUUGGGGCUGUGUCAAAGUUAUGUUUGGUGCUUCAAGUGGAUAGCAGUUUCAAGACAAAGGAGAGGGCCAAGGAGAUACUCAAAUUGCACUCCUCGGUUUGGAAGAAUUCCCCAUGUAUUCCUGUACCUUUGCUAUCAUCCUAUCCAUGA